AGUUGUUUAACAGCUGGUUUACUUCCAUAACAGUGCUUUUGCUGUAAAUUGGAUUGGUAGGAACGGAAGACAAUGAGUUCAUCUGAGGUUCAGGCUUUCGUGAACUCUUUGCGCUCCACUUUCUCAUACUUGGAGGCGCUUCAUAUCCCUACUAUAGCUGUUAUUGAAGGUGCAGCAUUGGGUGGCGGAUUGGAAAUGGCUCUAUCUUGUGAUCUUCGGAUUUGUGGAGAAGAUGCUGUGUUGGGCUUGCCUGAAACGGGCCUUGCUAUAAUACCUGGGGCAGGUGGGACCCAACGGCUUCCUAGGUUGGUUGGAAUAUCGGUGGCGAAAGAACUUAUAUUUUGUGGUCGGAAAGUUGGUGGCAGAGAUGCAGUUUCAAUGGGCCUUGUCAAUCACUGUGUUCCUGCUGGUGAAGCUCAUUUAAAGGCACUUGAAAUUGCUCGGAAUAUCAAUCAGAAGCAGUUAUCUUUUACCUGUCAGACUUUGCGAAGUGGCAGUAUACAUUGCAUCCCUUGUAAGACCAAAACUGCUCCCAUGUCAAAGUCAAUAUCAGACAAACCCUGUGUUGGCUUGGGUCCGUUGGCAUUAAGGAUGGCAAAGCGAGCUAUUAAUGAGGGGCUCGAGGUAGAUAUGGCAUCAGCUUUGGCAUUGGAAGAAGAGUGCUACGAACAGCUUUUGAACACAAAAGAUCGCUUAGAAGGCUUGGAAGCAUUUGCUGAGAAGCGAACUCCUAAAUAUACAGGUGAAUGAAAAAGAACAUAACCUAAUAACUUGCUUCUAGUGCUUUUGGUCCCUUGUGCCUAAUAUUAUCUAUUAUCAUUUAUCAUUUGAACUUGAGAGGACCCAAAUGCUGGCAGGCUCUAAUUUAUAAGUUAACGAGUUAACAAUUUUUAUAUCUUUCAAUCAUGUGGUGAGGAUAUUUGGGAUUUUGGACAUGUACCAUGAUGUAUCAUUUGAGAAAGGCUACUUUAUAUUAGUAAAAGAGCUUCUUUAUAGACCUUUCACAUUAAUGGAGGAUUCAUUUAGGGGAUAUAUAAAUAUUGCUAACCAACUCAUACUAGAUUGUUAGUUUUUAAAGGUUACUUGCAUUUUAGCUCUACUGUUUGGAACUGAAAGAGAAUAAAACAAUCUGUAUUGUCUGA